UUUGACAGAGACUCCCGGGGGGCGGACUCUAGGUGUCGCGCGCAUGCCUGGCAGGGCUGGGCCGCUCUUCUCCGGUGGCUGCGGCUCGGACGCCUCAGCUGGGCCUAAGAUGGACCUCCCGGCGGUGCUCACCGCCCCGGCCACGCGCGGAGACCAACAUGGCGGUGGCCCAAGCCGACUUCGCCGCGGCGCGGAGCCGUCCCUUGGUGCUGGUCCCGGGCGCCGCCGCCUGCUGCUGCUGGGGGGCCCGGAAGAUGGCGGGCCCGGGCCGCGUCAAGAGGAGGCCCCGGGGCCCAGCCCUCCGCCCCCGGAGGACGGCGGCGACUCCUUCGUGGUACUGCUGGAAGUGCCGCGCGAGGCCGACACCAAUGGGCAGGAGGAGGCCGAGCCCGACUCGGGCGCGAGCCCCACGGAACAGGUCCCGGCCGCCGCCCCCGGCGCAGCUCUGGCAGGCACCGUCACCAUCCACAACCAGGACCUCCUGGUGCGCUUCGACCGCGGCGUCUUCACGCUGGCCGCCGCGCCCGCGCCAGCCUCCCCGGGCCUGCAUCCCGCGACCACCCCGGGCCUGGAGCCCUCGAACGCUGCUGCGUCCCGCCGCGGGCCGGUGGCCGCCAGCGCUGGCUCUCCGGCCUACCGCUGUCCGGAGCCGCAGUGCGCGCUGAGCUUCGCCAAGAAGCACCAGUUGAAGGUGCACCUGCUGACGCACGGCAGCCUCCAGGGCCGGCGGCCCUUCAAGUGCCCGCUGGAUGGCUGCGGCUGGGCCUUCACCACCUCCUACAAGCUCAAACGGCACCUGCAGUCGCAUGACAAGCUGCGUCCCUUUAGCUGCCCGGUGGGCGGCUGCGGCAAGAAGUUCACCACUGUCUACAACCUCAAGGCACACAUGAAGGGCCACGAGCAGGAGAGCUUGUUCAAGUGCGAGGUGUGCGCCGAGCGCUUCCCCACACACGCCAAGCUCAACUCCCACCAGCGCAGCCACUUCGAGCCCGAGCGGCCCUACAAGUGUGAUUUCCCUGGCUGUGAGAAGACGUUCAUUACAGUGAGUGCCCUGUUUUCCCAUAAUCGAGCCCACUUCAGGGAACAAGAGCUGUUUUCCUGCUCCUUUCCUGGGUGCAAUAAACAAUAUGAUAAAGCCUGCCGACUGAAAAUUCACCUGCGAAGCCACACAGGUGAAAGACCAUUUAUUUGUGACUCAGACAGUUGUGGCUGGACCUUCACCAGUAUGUCCAAACUUCUAAGACACAAAAGGAAGCAUGAUGAUGAUCGGAGGUUCACUUGCCCUGUUGAAGGCUGUGGCAAGUCAUUCACUAGAGCAGAGCAUCUGAAGGGCCACAGUAUCACCCACCUGGGAACAAAGCCAUUCGAAUGCCCUGUGGAAGGGUGCUGUGCCAGGUUCUCAGCUCGAAGCAGUCUGUACAUUCAUUCCAAGAAACACCUGCAGGAUGUGGCUACUCCGAAAAGCCGCUGCCCGGUGUCCAGCUGCAACCGACUCUUCACCUCUAAGCAUAGCAUGAAGGCGCACAUGGUGCGGCAGCACAGCCAGCGCCAAGAUCUUGUACCUCAGCUGGAAGCUCCAAGUUCUCUCACACCCAGCAGUGAACUGAGUAGCCCAAGCCAAAGUGAGCUCACAAACAUAGAUUUAGCAGCACUUUUCUCUGACACACCUGCUAAUAGCAGCAGUUCAACAGCUGGGUCGGAUGAAGCACUGAACUCUGAGAUCCUCACCAUUGAUGUCACCUCUGUGAGCUCUUCUCUGGGAGGGAAUCUCCCUACUAAUAAUAACUCCUUAGGGCCAAUGGACCCCCUCGUUCUAGUGGCCCACAGUGAUAUGCCUCCGAGUUUGGACAGUCCUCUUGUUCUUGGGACAUCAGCCACAGUUCUUCAACCAAGCAGCUUCAGUGCAGAUGACUCACAGGCCAUGAGCACAGGAGCAGUAGGCUGCCUGGUGGCUCUGCCUGUGAGGAACAUGAGUCAAGACUCACCAGCUUUGACCCCCAGCAGUAACUUGACAGCUCCUGGUACCACACCAACUUCUUCGGACACCACUCAAGAAACUGGCAGUGUUCCAGAUUUGCUGGUUCCAAUAAAGGUGGAGCAAGACUUGUCUCCUGUCCCAGAUUUGGUCCAGGGGCAAAAAGAAAGCCAUGGGCUAUCCCAGUCUGUGUUGUCCGACUCUGCAGAGAGGCCAGGGGCUCAAAAGGACUCAGAGCUCAGUGCUGGCACAGGCAGUCUCUACUUGGAAAGUGGGGGCUCAGCAAGAACUGAUUACCGAGCCAUUCAACUAGUCAAGAAAAAAAAGCAGAAAGGAACUGGGAGCGAUGAAGGAGCCUCUGACUCUGCUCACAGGAAAAUAAAAGGUGGCACAGUCAACCAUCCUCAUGCCCACUCAGGCCAGCACAGUUGUUUUUGUGGAACUCUAAUGGUACCCAGUGGAGGUCUGCCAAUGCCAGCCCCUGCCGCUGGGCUGCAGUGUGUCCAGAUCCCUGUUCUGCAGCCUGUCUCACUGCAUCUGUGCAAGCCCUUGCCUUUGUUAGGACUGACGUAUCAGGAUGACCUCUCUGGUGAAGGAGGCUUACCGCUGGCCCUCAGCCCACAGCGCUCUGCCUUCCACCCCUACUUCACCGUGGAUCUGCCUGUCUACGUCCUCCAGGAGGUGCUUCCAGCACCUGGAGGUUUUGCUGGUCUGGAGACUGCACAGGUACCAGGAAGUACUAUCAACCUGCGGGACCUGCAGUGACAGCAGUCUGAGCAAAUGAAGACUGCAUUCCAGGCUGUGCUUCAGGACCUCAGCUGGCUGUGGGGUGGGCAGAGAGACUCAUCUGACUUUCUCAGCACUCCAGCCUGGUUCUUUGAGACUUUGGGGUACACAUAUUGAAAGUACUUUGAGUCUGCUCUAGCAAGAGCCAGUUUGGGCUAUACUCUUUGAAACUGCCUCCACAGGUUGCCCUCUGUGAGAUAGGCACCCUGCCCAUGCCGCUGUAUGUGUGUGUGCAUUCCAACCCUUUCCAGGUCCCCUUGAGCCUGAGGUGGGUAGCACCUUUUACAUUAAAAGAUCCUUGCCGGAAGAGGGUAGAGAGCAUGGCUCCUUACUCAGGCAUGUCUCUAUACGGAGUUGUAGUGUGUUAGUAUUUUGUCUGACGCAUCUAGAAAUUUGGUUCUUUUCUGAGAGCUUGUAUGACAGACGGCUUCUCACCUGCGUGGAUGUUUUUGCUGGGUGUGUUGGUUUCACUACAUUGUAUGGUGAAGCCAAAGUCAGGCUGAGCUCUGACAGGGCAGCUAGUCUGAAAGGUGAUUGGCUGGCUUGUCGCCCCCAGUGGCCUGCUAAUAAAACCUCUUCCUAGACUGACAGUGUGCUCAUAGUUUGGGAAUGAAGAGUUCCAGCUUUUAAAGUCAUCUUUCUAAAUUCUGUUUCUGGGAUUUAUAGUAAAUAAUAACUUGUCAGCAGUCUCCACAGUGAGGUCUGAAUGCUGUAUGUAUAUGUUAGGGCUGGAACAAUAGGCUUGUUUUAUGAUUGAGGUUGGAGAUAAGCAUAUUAUGUGGCCUUGUGUGUUUUCACAGAGUGAUUCAGUCUUCCCUGAGGAGACAGUUGGUUGCCUUGCACAUAUUUGUUAGUCAGGACAGGAUACAGGGUCACUCAGAAAUACAUUUUUCUUGGGCUUUUGGAGUGUGUGCUUAUUCAGAGACUGUUUUCGUUCUGUCCCAUCUGAGUUGCUUUGUUUCUUGGAUUUAGGAAGAGCUCUGAGAUUGGGCCUGAGUCUUCUCUAGAUGGCUCUGUGGUGCUGUCUACCUGGGUGCUGCUCCCUACAAACGGAUUACAAAUCCUACUUGAGAAGACUCCUUUCCACAUGUCUCUCCUGCAUCACAGGCCAAAGUUUAGGGGUUGAACUUGCCUACCUGUAAUCAGCACCCCCUUACACACUCAAUAGGCAGCUUGGAACCACUGUCACCUGCCUCAAGACCCCACCCCACAAAGAAGUUUCUUUCUCCCACAGCCUCCAGCGUGUGUCUACAAGUGACAGGAUGGGCUGUCCUGCUCUGAGCACUGGAGCUUCCUGCUGCCACAGGCCCAGUCCUUAGUACAAAUGAAUAAACGUGUUUGUGU